UAUGCUCUGAUAAUUGGACUUCUCAUCCUUUCUGUGGACGCCCCAUGGUUCUCCUCACACUUUCUGGACGAUAUCGCUUUUCGCGCGGCUUGGAUUACGCUUGCCCAAGUACCACUCGCUUACUUCCUCGCCACCAAGCGUGGGCCGCUGAAUUUCCUCGCUGCGCUGUCAUAUGAGAGGAUCAACUGGAUCCACAAAUGGGUUGGCCGGAUAAUGUUUCUUUCUGCUACUACCCAUAUGUCUACUAUGAUGUACUCUAUAUCGGUGUCCGACAUCAUCAGGUCUCCAGAUAAAGUCAUGAUCAUUGUUCGAUAUGGUGUUGGCGCAUAUACUAUGCUCGCAUGGAUAGUCUUGACAAGUAUACUGCCAUUACGUCGGUGGAGUUACCGUCUCUUUUACAUCAACCAUCUGGUGUCAACAUUUGCUCUUCUCUGGAUCCUUUUUCAGCACGUUCCAAAGUAUGCACGCGGCCCUAUAUACAUGGCUGUAGGAUUCGUCUUUUUUGACAAAUUCCUGACCAUUUAUUACUUCGUUCGUCACAACACUGCUACAAUAUCACGCAAGAAGGGCCAGAGCAAAUCAAGAGCUAGGCGGAAGUCUCUUACGAUCGGCCAUUCUAUUAAGAUGACCACACCCCCACCCUUCCUUUUGAGCUCCCUAUCGCUUGAUGGCGCAGUAUCGCUUCAAAUUGGCUCGACCACUGUCAUACGUAUUUGCAAUGUUCCCUUUUCUUGGAGACCAGGCCAGCACGUUCGUCUGUAUCUUCCUAGGCUGGGUCUGCUCGAGCUUCACCCGUUCACGCCUGCGACAUGCUCCAGCUCCAGUACCUCGGGGGAUUUUCCUGAAGCCAAAGACCCAGACGUUGAACAAGACCGGCUGCUUCAUCGCUCCCGCAAGUCAUCAGAGGACGAUAUGAUCCUGAUUGUUCGCACUCAUUCUGGCCUUACUCGUCGGCUGGAGUCGUACUAUUCGCAAUGGCUGGCAUCACCGUGCCCUAAUGCAACAAAGCCGCCUUCUUGCAUAACCUCAUUUAUUGAUGGUCCAUAUGGCGUGGCUCCUCAAUGGGAAGAGUACGAAAACCUGAUCCUUAUUGCUACCUCAACCGGAGUUUCGUUUACUUUAUCUAUCAUGGAUUACCUUGCUAGAAUGUCUCUGGACACCCCAAAACACCUUCACUCACUCACAAUCCGAUUUAUUUGGAUUCUACGACAUUUAGAGCCCCAACUCGAUGCUGCUGUGUCGGACAUGGUCUUGAAGCAUUUCUCCUAUCUGCAAGGAUCGGGUGUGAACGUUGACUUAAAAUUCUUUGCAACUUGUCCAGAGUCUGGCGGAUUAGACGGUGAUAGUAGAACGCAAGAAUUUGACCCCUUUGCGUAUCUACGCCAACCGCAUGGAACCUUCGCAGGGAGAUGUCUUCCCGCGUUGGGUAACCAAGGCGAACCGCGAAAUCUGACCCUAUCGAGCCUUGAUUGCGAUGGAUCUUCGACGUUGAUUGAUGAGAGCGAAGAGAUAUCGCCCCCCGAGCUUGAAGCACCUCAGGCACAAUCUACGGGUUUAUCGUGGAGUAGACCAAGUGCCUAUGUCGCCGAGAGGUCACCCACAAACUCCCAAAAGGACAAGUGCGCAUGCAGACUUAUUCGGAAUUGUCUUCAUGCAACAGAAUAUCCUCCUUCUUCACAGGAUGUAUCUCGCAGCUAUGGCGUUCGUCCCGACAUUUCCUCCCUGUUAAUGAGUUCCUCGCUGGAUACAGAUACUAGCAAGGCGAUGGUGGGCAUUUGCUCCAAUCCUGAAUUGUCUAAAGAGGCGAAGAAUGCUGUAGCUAGAAUUAAUCUCGCAUAUGCUAGGGGAAAGCGUAGGAGAGGUAUGGACAUCUUCACGGAAGCCUUU